AUGGUGAAAGAGCUACGAUUUAAGGGCACAUUGCACCUAUUGCUCUUAGCCAUCACCAUGAAAUACUAUGUCAAUGGAACAAGAGUUCUUCAUCAUGAUGAUACACAUACACUCCCACCUCUUCCGACAGCCAUAGCUAACACCACACCGGUAAUCGGUCCCGCCAUGGAACCCUCGUCGAACCCCAUGCAGGCUAACACAAGCGAUCAUCGCCCCACGUUGUCAUUCUACAUGCAUGAUAUAUUUGGUGGCUCAACACCAUCGGUAAGGGUUGUUGCUGGGGUGAUUGCCAUUGCCAAAAGGCCCACACCUAGCCAAGCCAAUGAAAUCCCUUUCUCCAAGAAACGCAAUGGGAUCAUCACUAAUAAAGGCAUACCACUGCCAUCACAAGCUACCUUACAAAGGCUCUUGUUUGGAGCUGUGAUCGUGAUAGAUGAUGAACUGACUCAAAGACGGGAAUAUGGGUCUUCCAUAAUGGGUAAAGCACAGGGGUUUUAUGUGGCUAGUUCCACGGAUGGUAGCAGUCAUACGAUGGCGUUCACUGCUAUGUUUCAUGAUGAAGAUGAUCAUGAUAAAGAUGAUGCUAUUAGUUUCUUUGGGGUGCACCGUACGGCUGCGGUUGAGUCUCCUAUUGCUAUUGUUGGUGGAACCGGAAAAUAUGAAAAUGCUCAAGGGUAUGCCGUCGUUGAGACCCUUCACAACACCAACCAGUACACCGUUGAUGGUGUCGACACCCUUUUGCAGUUUAGUGUAUUCAUAACUCGGUACUGA